AUAUAUGCUCAGUAUCUACGUAAGAGUCAAACAUUAAUUGAAAAUACAAAAAUAGGUCAAGCUUAUGCCGCAAUGGCUUACCCUAUGGGAGAUCAGCUUGAUUUCUCUUCAAAUGUACUACAGGAGAUGCCGACGCAAGCUGUCGAGGAAGAUUUAGAAGGCGAUCCCACACAAUAUCAAGAAAACUACGAUCAAGACGAUCUACAAGAUUCCGAAAUACAACCUGAUAUUACACAAGAAGAUUGUUGGACAGUUAUAUCAUCGUUUUUUCAUGAUAAAGGACUUGUUCGCCAACAACUCGAUUCGUUUGACGAAUUUGUGCAAAACACCAUGCAAGAAAUUGUUGAUGAAAAUAAAAAUUUAGUACUACAAACUUUUUCAGGAAGCCAAACGGGAGAUGGUGAUAAAGCAAAAAGAUUCUAUAUUCGAUUCGGUCAAGUUUAUCUUUCGAAACCUACAAUGACCGAAGCAGAUGGUAGUGUCCAAGCGAUGUUUCCACAAGAAGCACGCCUGCGAAAUCUGACUUAUGCUGCACCGCUUUAUGUCAACAUGAAGGAAGAAGCAUUAUACGCCGAUCCCAGAGCUCCAGAGAAUAGGGGAAAGCCAACAUUGGCCGAAAUGUUUGAUGAAAAUAAGUUAAAAGAUGAUCCAAAAGAAGAAACUUACGACAAAGUUUUUGUUGGAAAGAUUCCAGUCAUGUCGAAAUCAACAUAUUGUGUGCUUCAUGGCUUAGACGAUGAAAGCCUUUAUGCACUGAACGAAUGUCCGUAUGAUCAGGGCGGUUAUUUCAUCAUCAAUGGAUCCGAAAAAGUAUUGAUCGCUCAAGAAAGAAUGGCAACAAAUACAGUAUAUGUAUUUGCAAAAUCCCCUCCCUCACCUUAUUCGUACACUGCCGAGAUAAGAAGUGCUAUGGAAAAAGGAUCAAAAUUGGCUAGUUCAUUGGUCGUCAAAAUGUUAGCAAAGACAGCUGAGAAAGGAUCGACCGGACAAUUCAUCCAAGCAACUAUGCCUUACAUUAAGAAAGAUGUGCCAGUGGUAAUCGCUUUCCGGGCCCUUGGCGCCGUUUCUGAUCAAGAUUUUCUUCAAUAUGUUUGCUAUGAUCCUAACGAUAAUCAAAUGAUGGAAGCGUUAAAACCGUGUAUUGAGGAAGCGUUUGCAGUUCAAAGUACUGAAGUUGCUGCCGAUUGGAUUGGACGUAGAGGGACAACCACUGGCGCUACUAGAGAUAAGCGUAUCAAAUAUGCUAAAGAAAUUCUACAGAAAGAAUUAUUGCCUCAUGUCUCAACUGAAUAUGGAUGCGAAAAACGAAAAGCAUUCUUUCUAGGAUAUAUGGUGCACCGACUUUUACUGGCUGCUCUCGGGCGUCGAGAGUUGGAUGAUCGUGAUCACUACGGGAAGAAAAGAAUGGAUCUUGCAGGUCCUUUAUUGGCAUCAUUGUUUCGUAUGUUAUUCAAAAAGCUUACAAAAGAUAUCUCGAUAUAUUUAAGAAAG